CAGUGUUUUCACCGAGUCUGACGGGCAGGGCGACGUUCACAAGCUGAAACCUUACGACAUAAAACAAGGAAGUGGUGACGCCCUGCUCCUCCUGCCGCCCCCCCUCCUCUGCUCCCCCAGCCAACAUUGGAUCUCGGUCCUGCCGGCGGUGGAUUGGACCACUCUCAUCGGACGCUUUGUGAGCGGGUUUUUCGGUCUGGCGCCGCCUCCCCCUGGGGCCGGCGUGCGCUCCCAGCAGCCCGUGGUGCCCUGCGCCCCCCCCUCCCCAUCACUGCACACUAGAGCCCAUGCUCAGGGAGGAAGCGCGGUGCGUCCGCCUGGAGCCAUGUGCCUCCCUCAAACCAACAACAUGGACAACAAGCUACAGGGGGCGGGGGGAGGGGCUUCACUUCAACCACGAGCAGGAGGCGUUCCUCUGGAGCCCUUCAUACAUCAGGUGGGGGGCCACUCCAGCAUGAUGCGAUACGAUGACCACACGGUGUGCAAGCCUCUGAUCAGCAGAGAGCAGCGCUUCUACGAGUCUCUGCCUCCUGACAUGAAGGAGUUCACUCCGGAGUAUAAAGGUGUGGUGCUGGUGUGCUUUGAAGGCGACUCUGACGGCUACAUCAACCUGGUGGCGUACCCCUACGUGGACAACAUGGAGGUGGGGAUGGGGGAGCACGAGGAGCGGGACCCCCAAGAGCGGGAGCAGCCCAGAAGGAAACACUCCCGCCGCAGCCUCCAUCGCUCCUCCUCCUCCUCCGAGCACAAGGAGGAGCGGGCGGACCGAAGGGAGACGCACGACACCGAAACCCCAGACAAUCUCACAGAGCUGAAGAGUCCGAGGCUGGACCCAAAGAUCCUCUCGGAUGUUCCCUUUCAGAUGCUGGACUGGAACAGUGGUCUGACCUUGGAGAAGAUCAGCCACAACCCCUGGAGCCUCCGCUGCCACAAGCAGCAGCUCAGCCGCAUGAGGUCCGAGUCCAAGGACCGCCGACUCUUCAAGUUCCUGCUGCUGGAGAACGUUGUUCACCACUUCUCCUACCCCUGCAUCCUGGACCUGAAGAUGGGCACCAGGCAGCACGGAGACGACGCCUCGGAGGAGAAGGCGGCCAGGCAGAUGAAGAAAUGUGAACAGAGCACGUCGGCGACGCUGGGAGUCCGAGUGUGUGGCAUGCAGGUGUACCAGCUCAGCACUGGGCACUACCUCUGCAGGAACAAGUACUACGGCCGCGGCCUGUCCAUCGAGGGCUUCCGGCAGGCGCUCUACCAGUACCUGCACAACGGGAAGGGUCUGAGGCGGGACCUCUUCGAGCUGAUCCUGAACAAGCUCCGCAGCCUCCUGGCCGUGCUGGAGAGACAUGCGUCUUACCGCUUCUACUCUUCCUCCCUGCUCAUCAUCUACGAGGGAAAGGAACCUGAGGGCCCGUCCGUCCCCUCCCCAGGACAGAACGCAGCCAGGCAGCAGAAGAACCCUGGAACCCCUGCAGAACCUUUCUGUAUUCAGGAACCCAAGACUCCGCCCCCUUCUGGUGCUCUUUGUGACAUGAGUCAGAACCCAGACCUGGGGUCACUGUCCUCUCAGGGACCUGGACAUGUGGCCCCACCGUCCCCUUCUCCUCACCCUCCCUCCAUGUCAGACUGCCACUCUUUUGUCCCCCGCCCCCCCUCGCCCCCUCGACGUCCAGACCCCCCCUCCGCAGCCCCAAGUUUCAGCUCCCAUCCUGCCCCUCCGCCGCAGCAGUCCCCCCUGGUGGACGUUCGUAUGAUUGACUUUGCCCACUCCACCUUCAAAGGUUUCCGGGGCGACACGGCGGUGCACGACGGGCCGGACCAGGGCUACGUGUUCGGACUGGAGAGUUUGAUCCAGAUCCUGGAGAGUCUGCGGGACAACAACCUGCCAUAGCUCAAAACCCGCACCCACACGCUUGACGCUGCGGGGGUUUGUCCCUCAGUGGGGGCGUGGCCAGGAUGACAUCACUUCACUGACACGCCCUGACAAAUUCAUUAGUCGUCACAAAGACAUGCACAGCUGUCACCCUGUCCCUGCAGGCUGUCCAGCCUGCGAGACACACCUCAGACGUCAACACGGUUUUUCAGGACAUCACCAUAGCAACAGGAACAUAGUAACCAUAGAAACGGCUUGGAGACAUUGGAGCCGAAACUCAAAAGGCUGCGAUAAAAGAAACUUCUGUUUCUACAAAACACACACGGGUUGUGGUUCUGGUCUUGUGAGGACCGUCCCUCAAACAGAACCUUCAGAGUAAAACGCCUCGUCGCUCAGGUGACCGCGGAACCACCGGGAAAUUACCGGAUCAGCUCUCACAGCGCCUCGCCACAUUAACGUGUCACCACGGGUCAGAUCUGUUAAAAUUUAUAAAUAAUAUCUGCGACUCUUAAAAGUCUCAAAAGAAGUCGAAGAAACAGAUUCACGUCAAAACUCCAGGAUUCACGCUGCAGGUGGACCAGAACUACGUUUUAAUCGCUGCACACGCCCGAGGUGCCCGGUCUGACUUCACUGUGCAGAAGGACGAGCGUGCAGAUGUUAAAUGUCAACGCAGAUAGGACUCAUCAGUGACACAACGAUGGCUCCAACUCCGUCAUUUUAACAGACGUGGAGCUACAAUCUGGCGUGGUAGUAGCUGAGAGUCGUACCGUACUCUGAGGGCGACGUCUCUUAACGCUGUUCUGAAGGUCUGAUGUUCCGGGUCUCAAACCGGGCCAUGAAAAUUCAAAAUGCACUCACACCGAGCUGAACGAACGCAAUUAUUUUUACGUAUUGAAACAUUUUUAAUGUCAGAAACUUUCCCUCUUUUUAAAAACAGCUGUCCGCUACAUUCUGCGCAGUGAAGCUCAAAUACUGCAGUAAAUUAAAGCUGAAGUACUUCAGGGUACCUCAAAUACUGCAGUAAAUUAAAGCUGAAGUACUUCAGGGUACGUUUGCACCCCUAAAACUCCCGACGGGUCCUCACAGAGAUGGACAAACACCCGGGAACAGUUGUUGGUGGAGCUGCGGGACAGAACGUCCUCCAUGACCUUCAGGGACCGCUCGUUCCUGCGCGCCUCUUUCUGCAGAAACCAAACCAGACGUUACCUCAGACACGUCCAGGCAUCGUUAAAGCAAUAGAUCCUUGUUGUACACCUGGAUUAUUUUGUUUUAGUAGAGUCCAGAGAGGAUUAAAUCCAUGAAGUGCAUCAUAGAUGUAGGCUUUGUGAAGAAGUAUCGAUAUUUUUUUUAAAAUAACGUUUGUCAAAUUUUGGGGAACUCUUAAAAAUCUAGUCUGUGUUCUGUGACAUUAAGCCCUGGGUUGUUUUGAAAUCUUAAGAGACAAGUCUGUCCAUGCACCCUAACGUUUAUUUUGUCAACUAAUCUC